GAUUGCUGCGCAGCAAGGCGCCCGCCUCCGCUCCUACCCCUAGGCAGCACACCCGCCGCCAUCAAGCCCUGCUGAGGCCGUAAUCGAUAGCAAAGGGCAGGCUUGCGCGGAGGGGGCGAAGACAAGAUGGUGCAAAACCAAACGCUCCUACCUGCAUGUGAGGAGGGAUGUGUGCAGGCCGCGGCCCACGGCUUGUUGGACCUGCCCGAUGACGUCCUGUCGGCCACCCUGCUGGGCACAGACGGCGUUAGCCUGCUGAGGCUGUCGCUGACCAGCCACGCGACUGCAGCGCGGCUGUUGGCGCUCCCGCAUGUGUGGCGAUCAGCCGCGCGCGCCGCCCUGCUUUCACCGCCCGCUGCGGACCCUCGAGUCAUCACGGAGCAACAGGCCGCGGUAGCGGCCGUGGCUGUGGCCAGCACACUGAGCGUCGCGGGGGCAGGCACAGACUCAGUGGCGGAGGGAGCCGCGGAGGCCGCGGCUGAGACCGCGGCCCAGGCUGAGGCCGAGGCGGGGGCUGCGGCUGAGGCGGGAGCCCACCGCCGGGCGCUGCUGGCUCACGCGCGCUUCUCGGCGUGGUGCCACAGCCACAGCCUGCGACUCACGCGGCUGGCGGCGGCGCUGCCGCCCGCAGUCGGCCAGGGCGGCGGCGGCAGCAGCCGCGGCGGGGCCGGCGGUGGCGCUGGGCGCGGAGCGGCGCCGCCGUGGGCCUGGCAGGCACCGUCGGCACACGACGGCGCGGUGCCAGUACCAGGGGUUGGAAGGAGCCUUCUGUGCGGAGGUGCAGAGGGUGGGGCGGGGCUGGCCGGCGCGUGGCAGCUGUCCAUGGCAGAUGCGUUCUGCCUCCGCGUCUGCAGCGGCUCAGACAUACGCGUCCGCUACGACGAGGGCGAAGCCAGCUGCGGUGCCGGCAGCGACGGCCGCAGCAUCGCCGGCGCCCGCCGGGGGCAGCUCUUCGUUCAGUGCUUCGGCGCACACGCCAGCCCCUCCGGCGCCCCCGCCAAGGUUUGUGCGGUGCUGCUGCUACAGCCUGACGCUACUGAUGGAGACGGCGGCGGCAGCAGUAGCAGCCGCGGUGGGCCGCGGCCUGUGGCGUGGGUGUAUUUUCGGUCGGCGCCGCCGCCGCGUGCGCCCUGGUGGUGGUUCCACCCCCUAGGCGCCCCGAUCGGAAGAGUAUGUGCAGAGGACUGCGGUGCCAGAAUCAGCGGUGAUGGCAGCGGCGGACUGUGUGGGAAAGGCGACGUUGGCGGUGGUUGCGACGGCGUGUCUGGCUGCCUGGGUGUGGAUCGGGAGGCUGUGGUUGACGUGUGGCUUGCCGGGUUGGGCCCGCGGCCGUCCGCCGCGCGGGAGGCGGGCCGACCCACAUCAGGCCCCAACAACACGCGGCAUUGCAACCGCAGCGUCCAGACCCGCCCUCACACCAGCGGCAGCGGCAGUGGCAGCGGCAACGGACCGGCGGGGUCGCGAUGUGUGGUCCCCGGCGGCGCCACGGCUGCAGCUGCGUGUGUGACCGCUUCAGCUGCGGUGACGGCAGCGGCAGCUGAAGGGCUGUGGCGGCUUGUGGCGGCAGGCCGGGAGCGGUGGCGCUGCGUGUCUGGUCUGGCCAUUGUGUCGCGUCAGCAGCUGGCGUCCGGCUUGACUGCCGUCACUAGCGGCGGACCGGCGCCUGCGGCUACAAACCCAGCUGGCUCAGACUCCAGAAAGGCGGCUAGCACCACGGCGCUCGGGCAGCUGCGUGCGCUGCAGUCCGCGGGGGUGGUAGUGCUGGAUCUGACAGCAGCUGGCGCCCUGGCGCCGUGCGGGCAGCAGCAGCAGGGCAGGCCGGCCAAGCCGGCAGAGGAGGAGACAGCCGAGGCGGCAUCGGACCGGCUGCGGGCGGAAGUGGCGGCGCUGCCGCGGAGCCACCCGCGGCUGCAGGUGCUGCUGCUGCCGGCGCUGCUGCCGCGCGCACCCAGGGCCGCUGUGCGCACGGCGCCCAAGCGCUCCGGCGGCAGCCGCACCACCGCGCCGCGGCUGCUGCAGCUGAUGGUGCCUGUGCUCAGCGAGGUCCGGCUAGCCAUGGCGGCGCCGGCAUGGCGGCCUGCUUGCGGCGGUCCGAUAGGUGCUGGGCGCUCUGCACUGCAGUCGCGGUCGUCAGUGCCGCCGCCGCCGCCGCCGCCGCUGCGGCUGCACCACUUGCAGCACACGCUGCUUGUGAUUGGCCAUGAGACGGCGGCGUCAGUAACCCAAGAGCAAGGCAAGGAGACUGGUGGUGGCAGCGGCGGUGGGCGUGGCUCCGGUAUGACUGAUUCGGGUAAGGGUGAUGCGAGCCUCCAGGCGCAGAGCGCGGUGGGGUCGACGGCGUCGCUCGAGGCAGUGCUGCGGCAGCUGGCGGCUAGCACUCUGGACAGGAGUACAGGCAGCGUGCAAGCAGCUCAAGAAGCUGCGGAGUAGCAGGAGUGAGGCAUCUGGGCUGAGGCAUCAUCCGAGCAGUCGGUGACACAGGCAGAACUCACGUUUCGUGGUGGUGGUGUGGGCGGCAGUACAGUUGGAGAAGCAGGCGUGUACAACUGCCGGGCUCGAUGUAUUGACCAGGGAAGUGGUACCGUGUUGUUUUCUGUGUGUGACACAAGCACACGAUAGUAGGUUUGCGGGGGAGGCGUUGUCUCUGACGCAGAUGGGGCGGUUUAGCGAAUAGAGGUUACAUGUGGGAUGACAGCCACGGGCAAGCCAGGGCUCCAUAAACGCACGAGACACGUACGCACACUCGAGGAGGGAACCUCGAAUGACCCCCAUGCUCCUCGCCUCACUAAAGGAGGGGAGGAACCCCGAGCAAGGCUCACCGCAAACGCUAGCGCUGCUCACCUAAGCCGCGGGUCGGCGUCAGACUGACUGCCACUUUGCAAAGUGCAACUCCUACCCCAAAACACCAGCACCAACAGGGCAGGGCCCUCACACUGUUGGGUGCAGCCCGAAGCUGCAUCCUGUAGACGGCCCAUGGCCGUGCGGUUUAGACGUCACCCGGAAGGGCUACAGAAACCGGACCUGGUCAGCGCGCGGCUCUUCGCACGGCCGAGCAACUUAACCCGUGACAACUGAGGCGCGCUACAUACUUGCAUAUUGUUGCUACACCAAGAUUGAUC